GUGGAACAAGAUCGGGUUUGCACUAAUUUUAAGGUUCGGUAUGCAUUAAUUGUUAUAAACAUUUAAAUCUACAUUUGAAACCAAUGCAUUUAAUAUGCACUUCAUUGUUCAUUCCUUGAUAUUUUAAUACAUGCAUUGGUAUUGUGAAGUGACAGGCGGGCUCAUUUUAUUGAAAAAACGUUAUAUUCUCGGAUUUGUUGCAUGUUGUGUAUUCAAGUUAUGAUACAAACCCACACAAAAUUACUUUUUAUCUGCGGAGUAAGCAAAGAUUUUAUUCAAAAGUUUGAGGUACCUGAUAGAGUAAACAGCCCUCGUCGUUAAGAGUAUCAGGAUCAGAAGGUAUUCUGUCUCCUAACGCGGCCUGCGCUCCAGUGUAAUCUUCCUGGGCGUAGCGCACUGCUCCUUGCAGUCGGCAAACCUGUUCCACAAAUCAUUCAGUUAAAAAUACAAUAAACGAUAAAAAUGGAAGAAGAUACUGAUUUCAAAAAACUUCCCGUUGAGGAACGAUGUGCUCACAAACUCUGGAAAGCACGUGUUGAUGGCUAUGAAGAAGCUACCAAAAUCUUCCGUCUUAUGGACGAUGAAAAAUCGAGAGAAUGGAUGAAAUACCUUGGUAUGUUGAAAAAAUUUGUGUCUGAUUCUCACGCACUUGCUCAAGAAAAAGGAUUGGAAGCUUCUCUUGCAUUUGUUGAAAAUAGCUCAUUUGCUGGUCGAACAGUUGAAGAUGUAAUGAAUGCAGUAGUCACAAAAUGUAUCGCUGCGCCUAAAGCUCGUACAAAGGAAUUGGCACAACAACUUGCAUUGGCUUACAUAGAAAUAGAGAAACAAGAGGCUGUAGUUGAAGCCUUAGUUCAAGGAACUGAACAUAAAAAUCCCAAAAUUGCCGCCGCGUGUAUAGCCACGCUGUCCCUCGCAUUAAAAGAAUUUGGAGGUAAAGCAAUAGAUCUGAAACCACUGAUUAAACGUGCCCCUGCACUACUUACAGGAAAAGAUCCAAAUGUCAGAGCUGAAGGAAAAAUAUUAACUAUUGAAUUGUCAAGAUGGGCACUUCCUGCAGUAAAACAAUUAAUCAGUAGUUUGCCAGCAGUUUUAGUCGGGGAACUUGAAUCUGAAUUUACGAAAGCUGCCGCGACAGGUCCUCCAGCACCUACGCGAUUACUAAGGUCACAACAAAAGCGACAAGCAGAGCAACAAGCAGCAGGUGGAGGAGGUGGUGGAGAUGGUGAAGAUAAUGCUGAUGGAGAAAUUGCUCAAGAGGCAUCCAUAGAUCCAUUUGAUUUAUUAGAUCCAGUUGAUAUUUUAAGUCAGUUGCCCAAAGAUUUUUAUGAGAAACUUGAAUCCAAGAAGUGGCAAGAACGACGAGAAUCUCUUGAUGCAUUGGAUGGUUUAUUAAAUAAUGCACCAAAGUUGGCUUCUGGCGAUUAUGGAGAUUUAGUUAAAGCACUCAAGCAUGUUCUAGCAAAAGAUACAAAUGUUUUAUUAGUAGCUACAGCUGGAAAAUGCUUGGGAUCUAUGGCUAAAGGUCUAAAGAAUGGUUUUACACCAUAUGCUUUAGUUAUUUUGGGGGUUAUAUUGGAAAAGUUCAAAGAGAAAAAACAAAAUGUUGUACUUGCUAUAAGAGAUGCUGCUGAUGCCGCUUAUACUUGUACAACCCCUGAAGCUUUAGCAGAGGAUGUCUGUGCUGCUUUGAACAAUAAAAAUCCAUCCAUUAGGAUGGAAACAUGCUCAUUUCUUGCCAGAGCUUUUACUCGAACUCAGCCUGCUCAUUUGUCCAAUAAGAAGCUUUUAAAACAAUAUGCAUCUGCUCUUGUAAAAUGUAUGAAUGAUCCAGAUCCGGUCGUACGUGAACAAGCUGCAAAUGCCAUUGGGACAAGUAUGAAAUUGCUUGGUGAACGUACUAUGCAGCCUUACUUGACUGAACUUGAUGAGCAAAAGAUGAAUAAGAUAAAGGAAUUUUUUGAAAAAGCUGUUAUUGUUGUUGUAAUUCCAAAAGUUAUAAAGAAACCUGAAGUUAAAAAACCUGAACCGGCAGCAGCUGCAGCUGGCAGUCCAAAAGUUAAACCUGCAGGAAAAAUGGCUUAUGGGAAAAAGCCUGUGAUAAAAAAGCCUUCUGCUAGGCCUUCAAGUGCUUCAAUCUCUGCACCUGCUAAAAAUAAUUCUCCACCUGAACCUGCCAUGGAAGAAGCACCAACAGCUGAAGUUGCCACAACAGAAACUGGAGCAGUUGAUGUAUCAUCUCAAAUAACAGAUGCCUUAAUUGCUGAGUUGUCUGAUAAAAACUGGAAUACAAGGCAUGACGCUCUUACAAAAAUCUCCGCUAUCAUUGGUGGAGGCCCUAUUAAAGCUGAAUUAGGUGAUCUACCACAGGCAUUGGCUGCUAGACUUGUUGAUAGUAAUAGCAAAAUAGCUCAAAAUGCUUUGGCUUUAUGCCAAACGAUUGCAACAAAUGCUACAGGUGCAAAUGCAAUGAGAAGGCAUGCUAGAACGCUCUUUCCUGGAUUUGUUCAUGGUCUAGGUGAUGGAAAAGCUUGGAUACGUACGGCUUCUUUAGCUUGCAUGGAUGCAUGGGGCGAUAGAUGUGGAUAUCAUGAGUUCCUGGAAGGUGAAAUGAUUCACGAUGCAUUAAAAGAAGGAUCUCCAACUUUAAGGGCAGAAUUAUGGUCAUGGUUAGCAAAAAAAUUACCAAAUAUUCCACCAAAGAAAUUCCACAAGGAUGAGCUACUAAUUUGUUUGCCCAUACUUUUUUCUAAUAUUGAAGAUAGAAAUGCUGAAGUGCGGAAGAAUGCGGCAGAUGCAGUAACUGCAUUUAUGAUUCAUUUAGGCUACGAGAGAAUGAUUCGUGGUGCCGAAAAAUUGAAACCUGCUUCACUAACUGUUGUCAAAGGAGUUUUAGAUAGAGCGCGAGGCAAUUUACCCGAACUUUCACCACCUGAUGAACCAGCCAGUAAAGGCGCAUCAAAGAUACUUCCACCUUCGGUGAAAGGACGGCCAUCCAAAAUGGUGAGAACAAAGAGCGGUAUUGCGAAGUUAACAAAUGGUUCAGCAGGAGCAAACAAUGUAAAAAAGGAGGAAGAGGCCGAAGUCGGACCGAUACUAUUGAUAAAUAAUCUCAAACACCAAAGAAUGAUCGAUGAACAGAAACUUCGAGUUCUGAAAUGGAACUUUACAACGCCGAGGGAGGAAUUUGUAGAAUUAUUGAAAGAUCAAAUGACUGCUGCAGGAGUAUCGCGAUCUUUAAUGGUUAAUAUGUUUCAUGGAGAUUUCAGAUACCAUGUGAAGGUAUUGGAAUCUCUCACUGACUGCCUUAAUGAUAAUGGCUGGGAACCAACUGCUGCUAAUUUGGAUCUUAUACUUAAAUGGCUUACAUUAAGAUUUUUUGAUACAAACCCUACAGUGUUAAUGAAAGGGAUAGAUUAUUUACAGUUGGCCUUUCAAAUGUUGAUCGAUCAAGAGUAUCAAUUGUCAGAAAAUGAAGCUUCAUCAUUUGUACCAUAUCUGAUUUUAAAAGUUGGGGAUCCAAAAGAACCUAUUCGGAUUGGCGUACGUGCAUUAUUUAGGCAGUUGUGCCACGUUUAUUCGCCAAAUAAAUUGUUCGCAUUCGUAUUGGAUGGUUUAAAAUCUAAAAAUGCUCGCCAGCGCCAAGAGUGCUUGGAUGAAUUAGGUGUUUUGAUAGCUGGUUAUGGUAUAACGGUAUGUCAACCUUCGCCCCUAGCUGCUUUAAAAGAAGUAGUGAAGCAGGUAUCAGACAGAGAUAAUGCAGUUCGCAACGCUGCUUUAAAUUGUGUGGUCCAAGUAUAUUACAUUCAGCAAGAUAAAGUAUAUAAAUUGCUCAGUCAGUUACAAUUAAGCGAAAAGGAUCAAAGUUUACUGGACGAGAGAAUCAAACGCGCCAGCAAAAGCCGACCAUCAGCCGCAUUUGCAACAAUAGUUAAAAAUAAGCCAGCCGCAUUAAAUGUUCCGAUAAUACCUGAUAAUUUACCAGAAGCAGAAGUUGUUAUAGAAGGUGAUUCUGACGGUGAGGCUGAAUUUGAACAACGGGAACCAUCUCCGCCCCCACAAAGAACUAUGAAUGAAACUAAGUCAAUCAGUCCCCCGAGACGUAUUCCUGGUCCCUAUGGUCUUGAUACUAAGUUCAUAGCUGAGAUUGAACGCAAACGCCGACAACUGGUAGAUACCAAGGAAGAUUUGAAGUUGCCACACGUUGAUCUAGGUUUUCUAGAUGAACCAGUGCAGCCAUUGCCAACUUGUUCUCGAUUACCGAUGCCUUUAUCAGGAAUACCAACACCUGCGGCUAUAAUGAAACCUCCGCCGGUGAUCUCUGUUCCUAUAUCGACUUCGUCGUAUGAUUUAGAGGCGUUGAUUCGGACUAUAGGCAGCGCCGAUUUGCAACGAGCUAUUAACGCAAUGUCAACUAUGGAAGAUGCUUUUAAUAAAGUCAAAGCUAACCAGUUAAUUGAAUUAGAAGAUAAAUUUAUAUCUGCGUGCGUAGAGCAAUUCAAGUCUUUGAGCAGAUUCUCAAUUGUUAAAAUAGAGGAUGUAUCGAAAGGUUAUCAAGCUCUUUUUACAAUUCUAACUUCAUUUUAUGAAAACAAGGUUGUUGGAAGGCGGGUUACCAUACCAGUUUUACGUAAUUUAAUGGAAAGUAUAUUAACAUUAUUGGCAGACAAGAGCAUGGAGAUGUAUAAUACGAAUUCCGCAUAUAAUCGUGUAUUAAAUAGCUUAUGUUUUAAAAUCUUAGAAAGAUCGGAUCACUCGAACAUUACCUGUGCCAUGAUUCGAUUGAUGGGUGAUUGUCAUUCAAAUGCAAAUGUGCAACCUCCUACUCAUGCAGAAUUAGUUAUGAAAUGCUUAUGGAAAAUUACGAAAAAUUGGGCUGCUUACGCUGAUGAUAUGGACUACGAUCUUGUUUUCAGCGAGAUAAAUAAGUUUUACAGUCUUUAUCCGGGUUUAUUUUGGAAAAAAAGGUGUUACGAGACACCUUUCAAGACAGUAAAAACUAUUUUGCACUCAAUUGUGAAAAAUAGAGGACCUCCGAUAUUACAACACGUGCAGCGCCUAAAUCCACCAGCAGAAAGUGAAUUGGCUCUCUAUAUAGUAAAAUUAGUCAAAAGCGCUUUUCCGGAUGCAACAAUACCGUAUUUGAAUUACCAUCAUUCUCAUCAAGAUUCGAGCGCUUCAGACGGUGCCUCAUCUUUACCGCCUUCUCGCAAAGUAUCUAGUCAAAAUCACCAUGAUCAGUUGUCUAUAAUUUUUAGGAAGAUAGGUACAAAAACGCAGACGAAAGAGGGUUUGUUGCAACUAUAUGAAUUUCAAGAAUCAAAUCCUGAUGUUGACAUAAAACCUUUCUUGAAAGAGUCUACCGAAUUUUUUAAAUCCUACAUCGAAAACGGUCUUAGGGACAUCGAAAGGCAACGGCGAGCUAACAAGGCUCCGUCCAGCGGUGCUGGUGACAACAUAACUGAUGCCACGACCGCCGUCCCGAGUGGAAUGGCUGCUGAUAGUCAGCAACCGCGACGAGAUCCUACUUAUUAUUUGAACCGACUGAAAGAGAUGCAAGGGAAGCAGAAGACAGACAAUAUGGAUGAUAACCGGUACAUUGGUAGCGCAGUGCGUGAUGAGAACCUCAACAGUAUGAACAGCAAUACUAAUAAGGAACAAGAAGUAUCCGGCCUGAAGGCUAAUGAUGAGGCGGUGAGGCUGUUGCGCCGCAAAUUGGAGUUGCUGAAGGGGAAUCAACAGUGAAUCCUCUACAAAAUCCUGCUCCAUGUAGCAGCAAUAACCCAGUAGAGAUAAUCCGGCUCUCGUCGUUCCUGCUUCGGGAAUCAAAUUCAGCAAUUUUAUAGCAUCAGAAUAGCGCUCGUCUUUGAUCUGAAAAUGGGGGCG